AUGAGCGAAACGGAUUUCAUUGUUCGCUUGAGAGGUUUACCAUGGUCUGCUGAUUCUGCAGAAAUUGUAAGGUUUUUGGAAGAUUGUAAGUUGACAGAAGAAAAUGUGCACAUAAUUCGUUUGUAUGAUGGCCGGUCGACAGGAGAAGCCUAUGUCGAACUCAGCAGUGAGGAGGAUGUCAAUAAGGCCAUUGCAAAAAAUAAGAAACAUCUGGGAAAGCGAUAUGUAGAUGUUCACAAAGCGAAAAGAUCUGAAAUGGAAUUUGCCUUGAAAAGAACAAAUCAAUCUGUCCCAAUGAAUGGAAAGUCGAAAAAUGUACCCAUCGUCAAACUUAGGGGGUUGCCUUUCAGCUGCUCAAAAGAGGAAGUUGCAAACUUUUUCUCAGGCUUGGAAAUAGCACCGAAUGGGAUUACCUUCAUAACAGAUCAUCUGGGAAGAUGUACAGGGGAGGGGUAUGUUCAGUUCAUAUCACAGGAAUCCAUCGAGAAGGCACUCACCAAACAUAAGCAAGCCAUUGCCCACAGGUACAUUGAAGUAUUUCAGUGCUCUGUUGAAGAUUUGUCGGCAGCUCUCAAUCGGGGUUACAUGGGCGGUCGUGGGGGGUAUUAUCAACAUUCAUAUCAAAAUAACAAACCAAAUAGAUUUCAAAAAGGUUAUAGGGGCGGCUAUGGUAGAGGAGGUUACUACCCAAUGGCCAAUGGAGGCUUCCAAUAUGGUGGUGGUGGUGGUGGUUAUUAUGGUAACCAAUCAAACUUCAGAGGAGGAAAGCGGCCUUUUAUUGGUGGAUACAAAUUCAAACCAACCUUUCAUGAAAGUUCUACGGGUCACAGCAUAUUUAUGAAGGGACUGCCUUUUGCUGCUACAGAUAAGGAUAUUGCUGGGUUUUUUGAACCACUGUCGCUGGUUGAUGUGAAGAUUCAUCUCAAUCAUUCUGGGCGGCCCUCAGGCAAUGCCAGUGUUGACUUCCAAUCUCAUGAGGAUGCCCUAGAGGCCAUGAAGAAAAAUAAGAACAUUCUAGGUACUUUCAUUUUGCUUCCAACCAAUUUUUUAAUAAAUCAUGCUACUGCAUUAUUAAUCGAAUUGUGA